GCCGCCCAGGCUUUGAAGGCAUAUCUGGUGUUACGUCUAGCAGUUCAUGACGAGCCCCAAUGGGUCGAGACAGGAAUACUCACACUUAUAUGGCUGGUGACUACUGGAACUGCUGAUCUAGUGUCGGCUGCGCUGUUGCAACUUGAAUCCUCCUUGAACGAAGUAUACGAAGUCUGGGACAGGCGUCUAAGUCCUGAGGCAACACAGGGUGCCUUGGUUCUCCUUUGGAAAAGAAUAGGUGGCGCUAUUGAGCACGGCCAACACCAAGAUACUAUCUAUUGGUGCCGUAUCGCCUUGCACCAGAUGUUCUCUGAUGCAGGUGACCACAACAUUGGAAAGCUCGAAAGGAAGUUGAUUCAAUGUUUUAUCGAUAUAUCUGAUAAUGACGCAGCACUGGGUAUUUUUCAACACAUGCCAGCAAGCAGGAGAAACCAGCCACUGAGUAGAUUCCUCUGGUACAGUCUUGCGCUUCGCCGUCAGGAUGACAGCUCCGUGCAAUCUGCUCUCGGGGCACUUGCCUCUGCUCACGAUGAACAAAACCGCUUGUUGUUCGCCGCGGUAUCCGAGGCGAUGAAAUAUGGUACCAAGCGGCAGGGAGCACAGUUGUUACAGCGAAUCCUCGACAAGUAUAACGACAUGGAAUCUCCAGUAUUCGAUAGACCUUCACUUCUCAGAUGCUCAGCUCGUCUCUUGCUUUCGGCCAUAGUGGAAGAAGGAAUCAAGCUGGAGGAGCUUUUGUCAAGGCUUUGUGCGAUAUUCAAAUCAGCUGUCGCCUUCUCCCAGGCACCAUCAGCCCAAAAAGGGUUGCCAAUCACCUUAUCAUUGGACGACUGCAGAUGGUUUGAGGGGACGGGCUUCAAGGCAGCUUUAGAAAAUCUCAACACAUGGCCCGCCAAGUACAUCAUUGAUCUGCUGCAUUACUCCUCUCAAAUACAAUACCCCGAGAAGAGCUCGCCAACUUCUCGGGCUGAGAAGAUUCUUCACGAGAUCGAUUCAUCAUGCGUUCAGGCGAUAUUGUAUCUGGUCGAGGCAAGAGCUUCCUCUUCGUCAACGACUCUUGAAGACAUUCCAAAAUCGUCCUACUCUAGCAGGGCGCCGCCAGUUGCAGGAGAAAUACAAAGCACACUAUAUCGGAAUGUGAUCGCAAAGUACUCACAUGCACGACGACUUUUCGACGACUUGUCCGAAAACUCAUUAGACGUCGAGAUCUUGAAAGACUCAACAGAGAAACUCGUUGGUCUUCUCCCGUUCGUCUUUGAAUCAAUGCUGUUCCCGACAACUCAGGCCCAGGCCUCAGGCCAGCCAUUGGACUUUUCGUCUAUGAUUGAACUUAUUGACGAGGUUGUGAGAAUGAAAGCGACCGAAAAGGUCUACUCGCUGAUAGUGGAUAUGAUUCUCUCCUCGAUUAUUAUCGACGCUAAGGGUUUCACGAGUGAAGGGCAAGGUUCCACACGAGAUUCGAAGUCUGUAGGAAAGCUUUCAACCAUGUGUGCAACUGAGCUGCUCAGUAAAAUAAUCUUCAAUAUUCGGGAUGAGCCAACUUAUACUGUUUCUGACGCCUCACGCUGGAUCCGCUGUGUUGUACAGCUUAUCCUUGACCAGUAUGGCAAUACCACCAAAGCCGCGGCAAGCAAAAUAAUGAUGAACCUUGACCAAAAGUUGGCCUUUCAAACAGUAAAAGCAAUCACGGAACAAGCAUUGGCCCUAGCAAAGUCG